AUGAGUCGCCUAGGGAUGGUGCAGCAGAAAAUGCCCUGCCUGUUUGUGACUCAGGUGAAAGCGGAGCCUUCGGCCAAGUGGAAGCGCCAGCCUUUUAAAGUGUUGGCCAUGAAAACAAUUAAUCAAAAGGCAUUAGAUGCAAAUAUAUACAAUGCAAUCCCAACUGAAAAGGUGGGUGGAACUUGCUGCUACAUAACAACAUACAAAGAUGAUGUGAAAGAGUUGGGGCAACCAUACCUAUGGGCCCGGCUAGAUAGAAAAACAAAUAAGCAAGCUGAGAAAAGGUUUAAAUGAUCGGUGCACUCAGCAGACAACUCAAAAGCAUUUACUUGGAUUAUCGAAGAAGACGUCAAGUCUGUCCGUGAAUGUUGGAUUCCCGCAAAGCAAAUAGAACACUGCAAUGGGAAGCCUUUUCCUGAUGAAAAUAGACCAUUGUAAGCCCCGGGUUGGCUGACCUGGAAAAAAAACAGCAAACAAUAUUGUUGGCAUACUUCUGUUGUUGACUAUGAAUUUGAGUUAGCUCUCAUUAUGAAGAAUCACACUGAGGAACCUGGUUUUCUGGAAAUCAGUCUAGUCCCCUUGUCUGAUCUUUCAGAACAGACACUGGAGCUUAUUGGAACAAACAUUAAUGCAAACCUGUAUGGCUUAGGCGACAAGAAAUACCCUAUACACUUUCUUGUCCCACAUGGAAUGUUUCAAAUUAAAAACACUCCUGCACUGAAUCACGACGACUUAUUGUCUUGGUUUGAUGGAUGCAAAGAGGGGAAAAUUGAAGGAAUUGUGUGGCGCUGUAUUGAUGGAAAUUUAAUUAAGCUCCAUUGGCAUCAUCUUGGCUUGUGCUGGCCAAUUGCAGACCUUUAUUUAAUUUCUCAACCAGUUAUUGUCACCUUUAGUGGUGCCAAAUAUGACUAUAACUUUGAGCCAAAGACACUUUUUCAUUAUGUUUCUAAGUUGGAGGGACAAAGACUUAAUAGUCUCAGAGAUAUAAUGGGUAAACUGUGACCAGAUUUUUUUAAAAUAGGCAGAUAUAUGACUGUUCAUUCCUUUUACGCGA